AUGAAUAACUCUUAUGACACGUAUAACUACUCAGGUAGCAUUUUUAAUAAUGCAACUAAGCCACCUGUUCUAAGCACAAGUCCGCAAAUUUUAAACAGUAAUAAUUAUAGUUAUACCAAUGUGAAUUCACAAAAUGAAAUGAUAAAUAUGAUUUUGGAACAAUGUGUACAAGAAUGGUUCCCUUUUUUAAAAGAACAUGACGAUUGCAUAAAUAAAACAAAGGAAAUAAAAGAAUAUACUUUAAAUGAAGAAAUACGAAAAUUGAAAAAGUUCUACAAGGGGGUUAAUUCACCUAAUUUCCCUUUAAAGAAAUUAUGUAAAAUGGACAGAAGUAUAUCUAGCUUGAAUGAUGAAAGUGAUGAUGAAGACAUAUUUUGCAAUAGCAAUAGUUUAUAUAUGAAUCUUCUGAGCAAUGGAGACAACGAAAUGAGUCGUGUAGAAAACAAACAGGGGUAUCUGGAUGGUGAUAUGUCAUUUAACAAAACAUUUAAGACAAAAUCAAAAGUCCAAACAAAUGAAAACAGUGAAGAAGAUACUACUCAUAAUAGAGAAGCGCAAGAAGGAAAUAUCUUCUUCUAUGAUUGCAUAACAGAAGAAAAUAAUGAACACAGUAUUAGCGGUGGUGACAACAAGUUGUGCAUGAAGAAAUGGUCUAUGGAAGAUAAACAAAAAGAAGGAGAAGUAUCAAUUUUGUCAUUUCAAAAGACAAGGAAUAAAAAUGGCGAAGAAGAAAAAAAAUAUUUUUUAAAAAAAUCGGAAAACCAAAUGAACGAGAAAAAAGAACACAAGCUAAAGCAGCACCCUGUGUUUCUACAAAGUCGAGAAGAUGAAGAAGGAAAAAAAAAAGAAAAAUACGAGGAAGUAGGAAAAUUCAGAUUAUCGACAGAAGGAACAAGCAAAGUUGAUGGGUGUAGAAACAAGCAAAGUAAUUGUGAUAGCCACAAAAUAAGCACUAUAAACAUACCCCAGGGUAAUAAACUUGAAGUGGAAGAGCAACAACAGCAAGGAGAAGAAGAAAAAAAAGCGCAUCCCCAAUGCAAGAACAAUACAAAAGAGGAAGAUGUAACACCCCAUAAAUAUAAGGAGAAUGUUAAAAGUGAUGAAAUAUCAAACGUAUCAAACGUUUCAGGCAUAUCAAAAAUUUCAACCUUUUCAACCUUUUCAACCUUUUCAACCUUUUCAAACGUUUCAAACAUUUCAAAUACCAAAACUAGCGAUAACAGGGCGAACAUGGAACCAGCUCAGGAGACACACUACUCCAGUAAGAGCAUAAAUUUGAUUAUUCAAGAAAUAAAGAAUGAAGAAGCGAAAGAAAACAACAUCACUAUGGAUUCAUACGGAAAUAUCUAUUUAUCCAUAUGUAUGAAAGUUUUGAAAAAAGAUAUUGAUUAUUUCUUAACUCCUAGAACACUACCAAAAGAGGAACUAUUAAAUGAAAAAAAAAAAGUUAAAGAAAUUUUAAAACUUUAUGAUAAAUUGUUUUAUAGCCAUUUUAAAUUUAUUCCAAAUAAAUUCUACAAAGAAACGCUGAGACCUAUAUAUUCAUAUUACCAGAACUUGAAAUGUACCCUUGUGGGGGGUGCAGCCUCAUCAAACCUAUCCUUGGAUGGGAAAUCGAAAAAAAACUCCUCAUUAAGCAAGGACCAUGAAAUUGAAAGAUCCAAUUACAACUCACUUGAUGAGAUUAAAAGCUUCGACACCACGAUGGCUAAUAAUUCAGAAUACAAAAAUUUAGGAAGUUUCUCCAAUUUAAUAAAUGAUCAGAAUAUUAAGAAAAUAUUACUGGAUGUAGACGAAAAUAAAGACAUAAGUCACUUAGAAAAAGAGUACAACUAUAUAUACAAAGAUUUGGUAAAACUAAAAAGUUUAUUGUUAAAAAAAAGGUAUUAUAAAAACAUACUAUUUGAUUAUCAAAAGAAAUUCGUUCAAAAAAAUAAUAGGUGUGUUAAAACAUAUAGGGAUAUAUACCCAGUCGAGAAGGAAUAUAGAAUCUACACCCAAAUCAAAAAGGAAACUGGUGAUGUCAUUAACAGCAUUAAUGUGAGUUAUAAAAAAUAUUACUUGAAUGGUUGGUUAGGUUAA